AUGAAUUCAAAAAGAAACUGUGUUAGUUGUGGUAAACGAUUAACUGGAAGUGGUAAACGCCCUAUUACUGUAACUUCGAUGCGGAUUUUCAUCAGCGCGCGGGUGUAUCCUUCUCGACUUCCAAAUGAUGGGUUGGUUUGCGAUAAAUGUCGAUGGUCAUACAAACAAUGGAUGGCAGAAUGUGGCUUCUGUCAGAUUUUAUUGAAUAUUGAUAGUUUACAAGAAGGCAAUGACACAAUUGAUGAAGAAUUCAAUGAAAGAAAGAAUACAAAUAGCUCAAAUGUUGAAUCAGACGAUCAAAUAUUGGAUCAUAAUGAAUCUGAUGAAAAUGAUUCGAAUGGUGCAGAUAUGGAUUUUAAUGAGAAAGAUGUAGAUGGUGAAAUAAUGGAUGAUAAUGGAUCUAAUGAAAAUGAUUCGGAUGGUGCAGAUAUGGAGUUUAAUGACGAAAAUGAUGGCCAAAUAAUGGAUGAGAAUGAGUCUGAUCAAAAUGAUUCACAUGACUCAUCUGCAGGAUCUGGUGAUGAAUAUAAUAAUAUAUCGGUUGUUAGUAAAUCAACUAGUACUGAUCGAAGUAGUUUGAAGUUAACUGUUGAAGUAGCUAUUGCAUCAAACAGUCAAUGUUGUGUAUGUCGCAUUCAAUUGAAUCCACCAGCAGUGACUGUGAAAAAAGAAGACCGUGAUAACAUGUUCGUUAAACGCAACAUUGUUAUUCCAAAAGGUUCACGCUGUUGUAAGAUGCAUACCGUUAACGGAUUCUUAUCUCAUGAAGCGUUUUCCGCAAUAACUGCUUACAAAAUUCGUGAAGAACCAUUUGAUUUUAAUCAUAAUAUGGAUACCAUGCAAAAAUUGCGAACAAUGGUUAAUAGUAAGAAGCACAUUAAUUUUGAUGAUGGCUUUUCUUUAUCAGAUCUCGAUUACAAGAACCUUACUGGCUUCACACGUGCACAACAUGAUCAUAUUCUUUCGUAUAUUCCAUCAAGUGCUCUGAAGAAUUCAGUUAAUCGGUCUCCUCGUUGUUCAGUUGCAUGCUUAUUAAUGAAAUUGAAACUUGGAUUAAGUAAUUCAGUGCUCGCAUCAAUGUUAGGUAUUGAUAACAAGCGUAAAGUGAGCGAUAUUAUACACAGUGCUCGUCUCGCUCUUUCACAAUAUUUUGUUCCACAUUAUCUUGGUCUUGCUCAUAUAUCUCGACAAGAAAUUAUCCAGAAGCAUACAUCAUCUAUUGCCACUCGAUUAUUAACUGAAAAUCGAAAUCCUUGCAUUUUAGUUCUCGACGGAACUUACUUUUACAUUCAGAAGAGUCGUAACAACAUGGUGCAGCGCAAAACUUUCAAUUUGUAUAAGAACCGUUCACUUGUCAAGCCGAUGGUUGUUGUCUCAACUACUGGGUACAUUGUCGCAAUCUUUGGCCCAUUUUUCUCAGAUAACAAUAAUAAUGAUGCGUCCAUUCUCAAACACAUCAUUACAAAUAAUUACGAUGACAUAUUAAAUUGGAUUGAAGAGAAUGAUAUCUUAAUACUGGAUAGAGGUUUUCGGGAUUCAUUAGGUAUACUAAAAUCUUUGGGUAUUGAUGUUGCUAUGCCAUCAUUUCUUGGUCCAAAGCAAAAGCAAUUUGAUGUACAACAGGCAAAUAAUUCUCGAUUCGUUACAAUGUUACGUUGGGUAGUAGAGAGUGUGAACUCCCGCAUCAAACGAUUUAAAUGGUUCAAUCAAGUUAUACCCAAUUCUUCAUUACCAUCCAUAAAAGAUUUCAUGAUGAUAACUGCUGCAUUACUUAAUUGUUUUCAUACUCCAAUGGUAAAUCCAUCAAUUGAUAAUGAUGCUGUUAUUACUCGUAUGAAUUCACUGAGAACAAAAAGCAACGAAUUACAAAACUAUCUCAUUGAUCAUCAAUUAACAAGAAAUUCCGUAUGGGAUGUUAUUGAACUUGAUCAUGUGGCUGUUACUUUUCCAAAACUGUCACUUGAUGAAAUUCGAACACUCACCUUAGGUAAUUCAUCAUAA